GCACACACCAGUGCAGUUCGAUGAAAAACGUUCGCGAUGUCGAUGCAGGAAAAAGAAAACAGCCAUCAUCGCCAUCAUCAGUGAUCGUCAAAUCGAGACAGUAGGAGGAAAAUCCGAUUCCACAAAGUUUUGGUUAGUUCAGUCAGCCAGCAAAGCCAGAGAAGUUUAGUUAGUGGAGGAAAGGUCUAGUGCAUCAUCAUCGGAAGAAGCAGCCGGAAGCACUGCCUUUAUUGGAAACAAAAAGGAGGAGGAAAAUUUUCCGUAAUACCGCAAAACGAAUUUUCGGAUCUCGUGAAGAGCGGUUUCGUUUUGUCGCGGGUGUGUCUCAUCUCUUAUCCUCAGUUCAGUGCGGAAUUUGCGUGAAUCGAAACGCCCUCGGGGGAAAUUCAGUGUGUUGGCCUAAUCAGAAGAGAAGCGUUUGCUUUUAUGCGGUUCAGGAAUAGGAAGCUCUAGAAGCCAGUGAUUUGUGCUUAGCCAAAAUAAAAAAAAAUCUUCAACGGUUUGGGGUGUGGAAGGAAAAGUAAAAUAUUUUUCGUCUGCUGCCGAAAUUGCUGAUCCGAGUGAGGAGGAGCUUGACUUACGACGACACGGCUGAGCUGAAUAUUAGGAAGGGUAAAGAGCGGUCAGUAAAGUGAGAAGCGCAGAAGAAAAGUCAGAAGCAGUUUCGUUCGAUUCCGAGCACCGAAAGGCGAAGUUCUUCAAAAUGGUUAUCAAAGUGUAUAUCAGUGGAAUGUCCGGCAGUAAGGAGGUGAAAAAGCGCCAGCAGCGAGUGACGAUGAUCCUCGACAGCAAACACAUCCCUUACACGAUCAUCGACAUCACAGAGCCCGGCCAGGAAGCGGAGAAGGACUUUAUGCAGAAGAACGCGGAACACAACGGGGCGACGAUCAGCGAUCAGAACCCGCGCCAUCCCCUCCCCCCGCAGAUGUUCAACGAUGCCGAGUACUGCGGAGAUUACGACGACUUCGACCUGGCAAACGAGGUGGACAACCUGGAAGUGUUCCUAAAGAUGGAAGCCCCGAAACCGGCCACCGAAAGCACCAGCGAGGUGAGCGAAGAAGGCCAGCAGAAAAAUGGCACCGGCGACGCCGACCAGGACCAGCAGAGCCAGGUGACGGCGACGGCGGUGGCGUCGGCGGAAAACGACGACGAGGACAAAGAAAAUAAGACUGAAGAGGGAGCGAACGAGCACAACGACAUCACGAUUAACGAGCAGACCACGAAAGACAAAUCCGACACGAAAGAAGAUGGAGAUAAGGAUGCUGCGCGACAAAUAGGUGGCGCAACUGAUGAAGAGAAACCGAAGUUAGAACAUGUCGAAGCAGCAGCUAUGGAUGUGGAGGAUACUUCGCACCAUAAACAAAAGAAACUUUCGGAAGGUGAAGAACAGAGUGACGACGAAAUUGUAGAAGAGAAAACUACUGAAAAUUAUGACGAAGCAAACUCCGAUGAAAAGAUCGAAGAACCCAUGAGUGUUGACGAAGAAGACAAAGUAUCGGUUGAGGAUUCAUCGGAAACGGCGAUUAAAGAAACCGCGCCGUUGCUUGAAGCUGACGAAAAUCAAGAAGUGACAGAGGAAGACACCAAGCUUUCUUCAAAAGAAACAUCAGAACUAGAAGCUGCUGAUCAGAUUUCAGUGAAGAAUUCGGAGGAAACGGAAGAAGUCAACGAUAGUGUUGAAGCUGAGGAAGUCAAUAGCAAGGAUCAAAAAUCAGAAAACUAUAUUCCCAAUUUGGAAAAAGAGGACAAUGAAGAACCUAUGAUCCUUGACGAAGACAGUAAAAGCGCACUCCCGGUAGGAGAUGAAGCAAAUCAGAACAUUGAAGAAGAGUCAGCAGAAAAGCCAACAGAGAGAAACGAUGAAACCGAACAGCAAUCGCCAGUAGAGAACGAAGAACUCGCGUCACCCAUCGACGAACAUGAGCACGUUGACGGAGCUACAGAUCUACAGCCUCGGGUGGAAACGGCCAAAGACCCGCCACCAGAAAACGAUGAAAUCGAUCCAGAAUCAACGGUGAUCGAAGCUGGAGAUGACGAUGAUGACGAAAGUGACAGUGAUGAACCUGUAUCGGUGAUGGAGGUGGCAAAAGCGGUAGAGGAUAGUGAAGUCGAAGAAACGCACCUCGAUAGACCAGUGGAAGAGGAAACGACGGGUCAGGAUACGGUUGAUUCGAAGACAAAUUCCAGCGACGUUCACGGCGAAGACGACGAUUUGGCGGAACAGAGGGCACUUCUAGAGGCUGCCGCUGCCAUGGGAGAACGAGAGGACGCCGAAGAAGAGGAAGUUGAUCACCAAGCCGAGGAGGACGUGGAGAUUGCCGAAGAGGAUGACGUAUCCGGCAAACUAGUGGACACCGACGAUCCUAUGUUGGCCGAGCAGGAACAGGAAGAAUAAUAUCCCACCCAACCAUCAACAAUCAACCCCUAGGAAAAAAAAAACAACUGUGUAGCUGUUCAAGAAAUCCCACGAGUUUAGUUUGUUCUCUCCGACGACGUUUUAAAUUUGCAACUGAAACUAGUAUAGCAAUAUUACUAAUUUCGAGUUUAGACCCCUUUUCAUACGAUUAAUUCUGUAUUUUGUAAGUACUAAUGUAAGUAAACAUAAAGCAUUGAUAAGACCAGUUUUAUCUGUAAAUUACACACAACAUAAACUGAUGUAACUCUAAGAGAAGAGUUUUAGGAUAAGUUUCGUCAAACUCUCUCUGGCUGGCUUAAGACGCAACCGAACCAUACUCCUAGCGAAAACCCGACCAACAAACGAUGCGGCUGACUCACACUAUUGCUUAGUACUAGUUAUCUACUUAAAAAAUAGGGACCAUAGGCUUCCAACGAGGGUUGUUAGUUUUCGUAAAUCUUUAAAUUCAUCUCUAACAAAUAGAACUGCCCAAACCAAAGAAUAAUCAUCGAGAUUAAUCUUCUCCCUCGCACGGAAAAAUCCGAAACGUGCGACCAACAUAAACAGAUAAAAUGUCGUCCAAGACUGGGGCAGGCCGCCGCAAAACGAUAUCUUUGAAACAGGUGUGUGUGGUGUUGUAGAGAUGAUGAAACGUGAUAUCAAAUCCUAUUGAUUCUAAAGAACGCGAACGUAGAAACGACAAUGUAUUCUCAGUGGUCUACAAUGCGAGGAUUUUUGCUAAGCCCACACGCAACAUCUAUUUUGAGCAAUAAAAAAACAUCGUUACAAGACUUAA